UGUGGCUCUGAUAGCCACGAAUGGGGUAGUGGAGACGUGGGUUUGUGGAUUUUACCCAUAUGCUAAAAUAAAUGUUUGCACCUUAAUGGAAUUAUUUUUAUCGUAGCUUUCAACACAAAUACACUCGACCGUUUUAAAUGCUUCACGCGAGACAAUCUCGUCCGAGGUAACGGUUAUUUUGUUGUCAUCGCGCGGCUCGAAGCAAAUCACGGUUCCGUUUGUUUUCUCCUGUUAAAAAUGCCGAGGAACAACAAGACCUCGCUGAUCCAGAAGAUAGCGAGCCAGGCUUAUGUGACCUUCCAAAACUGCCCUACCUCUGCCAUUGGGGAUAAGACAGAGCGGCAGGCAGAGUUGGUAACCCUGCUAUCCGACAUCAGGGCUGCGGAUCUGAGGGUUGCGCCACCGAAGAAAGUCUCCAUAUCCUCCUCACAGUCUUCAGCAGUUCCUCCAGUCACAUACAUGCACAUCUGUGAGACUGAUGUCUUCAGUAUGGGAGUGUUUCUGCUGAAAUCUGGGGCUUCCAUCCCUCUGCAUGACCAUCCCGGGAUGAAUGGCAUGCUGAAAGUCCUGUAUGGCAAGGUCAAUAUAAGGUGUUAUGACAAGUUGGAUAAAUCUGCUGGUGCCGAGAGUGACACUGAGAGGCGGUUUGAUCCACCGCUGUUGCCUUUCCAGGGAGAUGAUGUGAGGAAAGCCGUGCUCAGGUCCUCCGGACAGUUUUCUGAUCAGAGUGGCCCUUGCAUCUUGACCCCUCUCAAAGACAACCUUCAUGAGAUUGAUGCAGUGGACGGGCCGGCUGCGUUUCUUGAUAUACUGGCACCACCGUAUGACCCUGACAACGGGAGAGAUUGUCACUACUACAAAGUUUUACAAACUGCUGGCAAAAAGUCGGAGCAGAGCGGUGAAGACGAAACCUGGCUUUUAGAGAUCCCCCAGCCGGAAGAUUUCUGGUGUGGGGGUGAGCCGUACCCCGGUCCUGAAGUUUCGGUGUAGAGAGAUGAACACUGGAAUGGCCUGUGAUCCGUCCUUAUUCUAACUCAGAUGUGUAAAAAUUAGUUUUGUUUUGUUUGUUUUUUUCUUGGGACUUCAAAUGUCACUACAUGAUUUUGAAAUGUCCAUUCCAAACCUAUGUACAUCAAUUUGUGGCCUUGCUUGUGGAUAAUGAAUGUAUACAUGCUUGAAAGGCAUUUACUCUUGUAUAAGUGCACACUAUAUAUAUAUAUAUUAAAUACAUGUAUUUAAUUUAUUUAAAAAAAGAAAACCAUACAAACACUAAU